AUGGCGGUGCGGAAGAAAGACGGCGGCCCGAAUGUGAAAUAUUUCGAGGCGUCCGACACCGUGUCUCAGUUCGAUAACGUCCGCGUGUGGCUGGGCAAGAACUACAAGAAGUACAUCCAGGCGGAGCCCCCCACCAACAAGUCCCUCUCCAGCCUGGUGGUUCAGCUGCUCCAGUUCCAGGAAGAGGUGUUCGGACGGCAUGUUAGCAACCCACCUCUCACCAAGCUGCCAAUGAAAUGCUUCCUGGACUUUAAAUCCGGAGGGGCUCUGUGCCACAUUCUGGCUGCUGCGUACAAGUUCAAGAGCGACCAGGGAUGGCGCAGGUUUGACUUCCAGAAUCCGUCGAGGAUGGACCGGAAUGUGGAGAUGUUCAUGACCAUUGAGAAGUCCUUGGUACAGAACAACUGUUUGGCCAGACCUGUUAUCUACCUGAACUCGGACAUCGAGCCCAAGCUGCUGGGGAAGCUGAAGGACAUUAUCAAACGACAUCAGGGUUCGGUGACUGAGGACAAGGCCUCCAGCUCCCAUGUGGUAGUUCCUAUUCCCAGCAGCCUGGAGGAGGAGGAGUGGGUGCGUCCCGUGAUGAAGAGAGACAAGCAGGUUCUCCUCCACUGGGGCUAUUUCCCCGACAGUUAUGACACCUGGAUCUCAGCCGUGGAGGUAGACGCCGCUGUGGAGGACCCUCCCAGCCCAGAGAAGCCCAGAAAGGUCCAUGCCAAAUGGAUCUUAGACCUGGACCAGUACAACGAGUGGAUGAAUGAGGAGGAUUAUGAAGUAGGUGAAGGCGGCCCGAAGAGGAAGAGGAUUUCAGCUAAGACGUUGACGGAUGAAGUGACCACGCCGGACGAGCGGCGCGACAAGAAGCCCGGCAGCGCCAAGAAGAGGAAGCGCUCGCCAUCGCCCUCCCCCACCCCUCCCCCCCAGGAGAGCAAGAAGAAAAACACCAAAAAAGGGCCCACAACCCCUUACACAAAGUCCAAGCGGGGCCAGAGGGAGGAGGAACAGGAGGACCUUUCGAAGGACUUGGGUGAAGCGUCACCCGUACCAGCAUCAGAGGAGGGCAACGCAGCUAAGACAAAUAACACUAAGAAGGACUCUGAGUCGACCCCAGUGAAAGGAGGAACAGACAUGGACGAGCAAGAGGACGAGUCCAUGGAAACGACUGGAAAGGAGGAAGAGGAAGGCUCUUCAAGUGUGAAGGGGGAGCCGGUGAAAGGUUCAGACCUCCACGAGGACAAUGUGACGGAGCAGACUCAUCAUAUCAUUAUUCCCAGCUACGCUGCCUGGUUUGACUACAACAGUGUUCAUGCUAUUGAGCGCAGAGCCCUCCCAGAGUUCUUCAAUGGCAAGAACAAAUCCAAAACCCCAGAGAUUUACUUGGCCUACAGGAACUUCAUGAUUGACACCUACCGUCUGAACCCCCAGGAGUACCUCACCUCAACCGCCUGUCGCAGGAAUUUAGCUGGAGAUGUGUGUGCAAUCAUGAGGGUCCAUGCCUUCUUGGAGCAGUGGGGACUCAUUAACUACCAAGUGGACUCUGAGAGCAGACCCACGCCCAUGGGUCCCCCGCCGACCUCGCACUUCCACGUCCUGGCAGACACUCCCUCCAGCCUGGUGCCCUUGCAGCCCAAGGCAUCCCAGACACCUGCUACUCAGCAGAUGCUGUCCUUCCCAGAUAAGGUGAAGGAGAAGCCAGCAGACCUGCAGAACUUUGGCCUGCGGACGGACAUGUACAGCAAGAAAACUAGCUCUGCCAAGAGUAAGAAUGCAGCAAGUUCCAUGAGGGAGUGGACAGAGCAGGAGACACUACUGCUACUUGAGGGCCUCGAGAUGUACAAAGAUGACUGGAACAAAGUGUCAGAACAUGUGGGCAGCCGGACACAAGACGAAUGCAUCCUGCACUUCUUGCGGCUGCCCAUCGAGGACCCCUACCUGGAGGACAGCUGCUCAUCGCUGGGUCCACUGGCCUACCAGCCCAUACCCUUCAGCCAGGCAGGGAACCCUGUCAUGAGCACCGUGGCCUUCCUUGCCUCUGUGGUAGAUCCACGUGUAGCCUCUGCUGCAGCCAAGUCAGCUCUGGAGGAGUUUUCGCGCAUGAAGGAAGAGGUGCCAGCAGCACUUGUUGAGGCCCACGUGCGGCGGGUGGAGGAGGCAGCCAGGGCCAGUGGCAGACAGGACCCUCUCUAUGGCCUGGAGGGAAGUGGCAUUGCCGGCACAGGCCUUGAGGAAGGAGAGAAGCCCGACGAAAGCAGUGAGGAAAAUAAGAGUGACAGCCAGUCCAGUGAGGAGAAGAGAGAGGCCAAGGACAGCAAAGAUGGAGCCAUGGAAGAAGAAGAAAAGCAAGGAGAGAAUGGGAAGAAGGAGGAAGAGAGGGGGAGAGAACCUGAAGGAGACAGAGAGGCGGAGAAAACAGACUCUGAGAUGGGUGAUGGAGAGAAGGAGAAGGAUGGAAAGGAGGGAGCAGAGGAGGGCCAGAGAGAAGGAGAGAGUGAGGGGGAGAGGAAGGCUAAGGUGGAGCGUGAUGUGGGUGAAGGGAACCUGGCCACUGCUGCUGCAUCUGCUCUGGCUGCUGCUGCUGUCAAAGCAAAGCACCUUGCAGCGGUUGAAGAGAGGAAAAUCAAGUCUUUGGUGGCUCUGCUGGUGGAGACCCAGAUGAAGAAGCUGGAGAUCAAAUUGCGCCACUUUGAAGAACUGGAGACCAUCAUGGACAGGGAGAGGGAGGCUCUGGAGUACCAGAGGCAGCAGCUCCUGGCUGACCGUCAAUCCUUUCACAUGGAGCAGCUGAAGUACGCGGAGAUGAGGGCUCGCCAACAGCACUUCCAGCAAAUCCAGCACCAGCAGCACAACCAGACUGGAGGCCCUCACCCCAACCAGGCUACCUCAGGCCCUCCGUCGCAGGGCCAGGCAGCUGGUCAGCAAGCUCCCAGUACACCUGCACCGCAGCCUGCUCCCAGCCCAGCGCCUCCUGCCUCCUCUGCCCAGGCUGCCGAGUCCCAGCCUCCCCCGGGUCCUCACACUUCACCCCCCUGCCACCCAGCCCCAGCCCCCGCCACCCACACCAGCUCCAGCACUACUCCAGCAAUCCAUGAACCCAGUGGUCCUCAGCCCGGGGACACACUCCACCCCUCGGCUCCGGUCCCCGCACCGCAGUGAGACACAGAGAUUCCGGCAAAACCCCAGUGACUCUGACCACUUUCAACCCCGCCCGUAUCAUCUAGAGCGAAGUCAACAAAACCGAAGGAAGACAACAGAGUCUGACAUUUCAGUGUUUUGGACCGGACAUUCGACGGAAGGAGAAAAAAAGAAAAAAGAAAAAAAAGCAUUUCAUUUAACUUGUUUGAAUAUCUGUCGAGAAAUCGAAUCCCUUCAAAUUUGACCUGUAAAGAGAAAAGUGCCAAUGAAGAACUGCGGUAUGUAAAGGGAUCAUAGCCCCCCUCGUGCACCCACACGUCAUCAACAUCCCACGUCAUUUCUUUCACCUCAACCCCAGAGAGGUGGACUGAUGGGAAGUCUUGCAGAUCCGCCGCCGCCGGAGGACACGAGGGGAAAGCGGAGAAUUCGUCCAGCGCUUUUUGAGGUUUUCACCAGUGGUUUUACAGCGGCUCGUAAAGCUAGGCCCCCCUGCGGCCUGGCUACGCAGGCGUCUCGACACCAUCGUCCCCAUGUCGGUACUAGCUAAAAUGUAUGGAAGAAAAAAUAUUUGCACUUUGGACUAUUUCUUUCCCUUGGUCUUAUUCGAAGACGUUAAGCAUUGAAAUUUAACUAAAGCACUUAUUGUCCCUUUUGUUUUUUUAUUUUUUUUUUUAAGUUUGUCACACCUAAAGAGUUUGGUAAUACGCAAGACGUGUUAUUUUGUCAUUGAAGAAUAAGAAUGAAAAUAUCACAGUCCAGUUGGAAACCGCCUCAAGUCGGCUUGGGGA